AUGCAGGGCUUGAAGCUGAAGGAGAGUAAGAUUAUGAGAAAGAUAUUAAGCAUUGAUAGCUUCAAAGGAGAAAACCAGAAUUCAUCAGAGGCCAGAAAGGAAACUCCUAGUUUGAAUCAAGCAUCUGCAUACUCAAGAAAACGUUUUUAUCAUCAAACCAAAAAGAUCUUUGUUGGUUCCUGGAAUAUUGGAGGCAUUACACCACCCAAGAACUUGGAUAUGGAAGACUGGCUUGACACAGGAAAUAAUUCAGCAGAUAUUUAUGUUCUGGGGUUCCAAGAAAUUGUACCUCUAAAUGCAGCAAAUGUACUAGGUCCCCAAAACAGAAAAGUUUGUACGAAAUGGAAUUCUCUAAUUGGAGCAGCCCUUAACAAUAGAACACCAACAAAGGUGGUUGAAGGAGAUAAAAUAGCUGAAUCACAGAAGAUAUAUCCUUUGAAGGAACAUAUUUGUGCAGAGGGAGAACAUCAACAAGAUUUUCAGUGCAUCAUAAGCAGGCAGAUGGUGGGAAUGUUCAUAACCAUAUGGGCUCGAUGUGACCUCUAUCAAACAAUCAGGCACUUGAGUGUUUCAUCUGUUGGCUGUGGAAUCAUGGGCUACUUCGGAAACAAGGGUUCGGUAUCAAUCAGAUUUUACUUGCAUGAAACAAGUUUCUGCUUUGUAUGUAGUCAUCUAGCAUCUGGUGGAAAAGAAUCAGACCGAAGACAAAGAAACUUCAAUGCAACAGAUAUUUUGUCCAGGACAAUCUUCCCCUCUGGGCCUCUGCAAGAUAGGCCUCAAAAGAUUAUUGAUCAUGACCGAAUAGUUUGGCUAGGAGACUUGAACUACAGGAUUUAUAUGCCAAGCUCUACAACACAGUCACUGAUCAAGAAAAGAGAGUGGGAAACCUUGUUGAAAUAUGAUCAGCUCAAGCUGGAGCUCAUGGAGGGCAAUGUGUUCCAAGGUUGGCAUGAAGGAGCUAUAGAGUUUCCACCUACAUACAAAUACCGGCCAAAUUCUAAAGAUUAUCUAGGUUGUGAUGAGCAGCAUACACGCAAAAGGGGGCGUUCUCCAGCAUGGUGUGAUAGAAUAAUAUGGUUUGGGAAGGGAAUGAGGCAAAUCCAAUACAACAGGAGUGAGUCAAGACUCUCUGAUCAUAGACCUGUACGAGCAAUGUUCACAGCAGACAUCAAGGUGGCAGUGAAUUGA